UUUUACCAUUUUUCUUUCACCUCAUAUUUGGUGUCAAAUGCUGAUGCUAAGUGGGAAUGCAUAAAGUGCAGAAAGCUUUCCCACAAGCGGAAUGAUCAGUCAAGCAUUGUUUCCUUGACGCACAUCCUCCUGGUUCACCUGUCAACCAAUCAAUCAAAAGCUUUUUACCAGGUAUUGGAUAUUUGACUGUUAUGCAGCUGUAAGGCUUUACGGGUGUUAUAAAAAGGGCAAAGUUGAGCAUCAUGAGUGGAUAUCUUUUGCGGUCCAAGUGAGCAGUCAUGUCUUGGAACACGAUGGCAGCGUGUGCGCUGGUGUUGGUGCUGCUCGCCAGUGCAGCUGAAGCUGAGAGCAGAAAAGUAGAGCAGCUGCAAGCCAGGAGGGAGGCAGCGAGAGACUUAGCUGGCAGACAGGAGUCUCCACGCACGGAGAGACGGGCACGCCUUACGGAGGACGAACGCGAGAUUAUCACCAAACAAGUCAUGCAAGCAAUCUCAGAGGUGGUGAACUCAGACUGCAUGUUGGACCGCGACUAUCGGGGCUGGUUGGAUUUCGGACGCAGAAAUGCAGAAUGAAGCACAACAGCAUGGCCGCCUCCGCCGCCUCUCCAAUGCUUUGACUUCAAAUGUUGUCACUGAUUUCCUACUCUCACUUCAUGA